GGGGAGGUGAUCAAGGCCUUCGGGGCACCCGAGAACGCUCAGCGCAUGGAGGAGGCACGGGACAACGCCUGCAACGACAUGGGCAAGAUGCUGCAGUUCCUGCUGCCCGUGGCCACCCAGAUCCAGCAGGACGUGAUCAAAGCCUACGGCUUCAGCAACGACGGCGAAGGUGGGUUGUGCACCACCGGGCACGGAGCUCCGGGCCCGCCGAGGGGGCGGCGGGCACGGGGCCCCCCCCCCCCAAAAAAUGCCCGGCUGAUCAAGUCCUACGAGUCGCAGGACCCGGAGAUCGCCAGCAUGUCGGGCAAGCUCAAGGCCAUGUUCCUGCCGCCCAUGACGCUGCCGCCGCACGGGGCUGGGACGGGCGGAGUGGCAACCUCGUGA